GCUACGAGGUUGUCUAUCGAGUGUGUGCGAGCGUAGUGGGUGGGUACUGAAAUCUAGCAGGCUACCCGAGCAAAACAGGCAGACUCGCCUCUGGGAAGUUUUAAUCAGGAGUAUAUAAAGCUGGUUCGGCGAGAGUGCUGUAAUAGAAUCGACGAGAAAAACUGAAACUCCGUCAUCGUCUGAUAUUUGGAAAUACAAUUCUGCCUUUUCUCUUUUAUUCGAAGACGGGCAAUAUGAAGAUUUUCGGUGUGCUGGUUCUACUCAUCCAUGCCUUAGCGGCGUCCAGGUUGGUCAGUGGCGCCUCAAUUGACAGGCACGAGAGCGAGAAACCUGCGCAGACGGCGGUGGUGAACCUGUUCGCGCCCCUGGAUGAAAGCACGGUCGCGGGGGACACUGGGGAGGUGCAGGACGGCGGCGACGACGAAUAUUACUACGACGAUGAGGAGGAUGAAGUUUCCCUCUCCGGGGACUACGGAAUCGAACAGCCGAGAGUGGCGUUCUCCAGCAAACCCAGGGACCCGUCUGCCGUGCAGGGCCCGGAGCCGAGCGAGGGAACGGAGAGGAGGGGGAAAGGAAGGAAAAGGGGGAAGGGGAAGGGGAAAGGGAAGAAGAGGAACCCGUGUCUGAGGAAGUACAAGGACUUCUGCAUCCACGGCACCUGCCAGUACCUGAGAGACAUCCGCAUGCCCUCCUGCAUAUGCCAGCCGGAUUAUUCGGGCGAGCGAUGCCACCUGUUCAGCCUUCCGACGUCGAGGAACGAGGACAGCUACAGCCGCACGACCGCACUGGCGGUGGUGGCAGUCGUCCUCUCCUCUCUCUGCCUCACGGUCAUCGCCAUUCUGCUGGCGAUCAGGUAUCACAAGCGAGGGGCGUACGAUGUGGAGAACGAGGAAAAGGUCAAAUUGGGGUCAGUGCCUCAGCACUAAGCAGCUGGAAGAGAAUGCCAAGGAAAAGGAAAUUCUACCUCAGAAACAAGAGAAGGAGAAAGCUGGCAAGAACCGGGACUGCGGGACAGUGAAAUGUGGCAUGGCCUUCGCCCAUGGACGGACGGACAGAUGGACGGACGAACUGACACCACACAGUGGGACUUCGGGGGCUUAACGGGGUCUUCUUCGCCCAGUUCGGCUUGGACAGGCCCCCGCAACCUGGAGCACAGACUGCACGGGGCGCAUCGACCGACGUCCCAAAAAGAAGAGGGACUCUCUGGAAGCAGGCGGGGCUGGAGAGGAGAGGAGAGAAGUUAAAGAAUGAAUUUUUGGCAGCAUUUCCCUGCCACAUUCUGUACCACCUCUGAGACACACCAGGACUGCUUCUCUUCCAGGAAGAAGGCUCUUUUGCUGCGGAACGUUGUGCCGUCUCCUUACGCUGACGUGUCCUUAUGUGUCAGAAGUUUUAUUUUUUACAUGCAAUGUAAAAAAAAAAAACUGCUUAACAAGUAUUUUAGUCUUGCAAUAAGACUUAAUUGAUUAAGACUUAUUUUCCUCUCUCAAGUAGAAGGUAUUCACUUGUUUUAAGUUACUGCUUGAAAAGCGAAAUUUCCUUACCCCAUUGGCAAAUCCUGAAAUGAGUAAAAAUGUCUCACCUCAUUGGCAAUAUUUUUGUCUCAUUUAGCAAAAUAUCUGAAUAUAAGACUAAAAUACUUGAGUAACUUAUUUUUUGGUUUCUGCAGUGUUCUCAUUGUUGUCCAGUGUACUGUAUUUUUUUAUACCGUCAGUCUUUUAAUUUAUUUAUUUAUGUAUAUUUAUUCUAAUUUUUACUAGUAUCCAUUCAAAAUGCACUGCCAGAUUUAGAUUGUUUGUUGUUUUGUUGUAUUUUUAUAAUAAAUCUAAUGGGUAUUUAUUUAAUUAAAAUUGUAUUGGCUAAAUUUAGCUGCCCAGUGGAUUGAAGGAUUUGUUCAGACAAUUUUUUUUUGUUUUGAGUGCUGUCUUCUGUUCACUCAGCUGAUUUGGGAUCCUGAUCAGCUGAUUGGGAGAUCCUGACCAGCUGACUGGGGGAUCCUGACCAGCUGACUGGGGGAUCCUGAUCAGCUGAUUCGGGAUCCUGAUCAGCUGAUUCGGGGAUCCUGAUCAGCUGAUUGGGAGAUCCUAGCCUUGUAAACAGCGCAGGGUUCAUACUCUAGCUGCUGGACCUUUAAGUGGUCUGUGGCAUUAAUGUAACUAGGAAUGUUGUGGGCCACGUGGUUGGGAUUGUAUUGGGUGUGGUCUUCCUUAGCUACUGUUGCUUAAUUACAGUAUACCAAUAUAGCUAACUUCUCAGUGUUUUAUCCGCUCUAACAGAAGUUUAUUUUUUAUUUUUUAGUCCAGUAGAGACCAGGCCACGUGUACUUAAUUAGUCUAAAGUACCGUUUCGGAGUUCAUUUUCCACUGAACAUUUAGCUGUGAAGGUUCUUGGCUUUCGUUUUAAGCGAUGAUGUGUUAUUUAAGAUGAAGAGAUUCAGAUUCAGAUUAAAACAAGAUUUGUUUUACCACUAUAAGAGUUUAAUUCAGAACUCUUAGGUCAAUGUUAACUCAGCUGUUUAACUUAUAAAAUGUGAAUGUGAAGCUGUCCAACUUUUUCAAAACAAAUCCUUGUGAAAAUAUAAUACAUUUUUAAAAACUGGAAACUUUUUUGUGUAAAUUUGUGUCAAGAUAAAUAAACAAUAAAAUAAACAAGUUCGAGAAAUAUUUUUUAAGAAAA